AUGAUAGUAAGGUUAUACAAGGUGUAUUGUUGGCCCUAUAGAGGUAGUAUCUGGAGCUAUAACGAUAUAAUUCUAUUGCUUUUAACCCUGCGCUCUCCUCUUGCAGCUCUGCUUGCCUACGAAAAGAACUGGCUGGACCGUGUCAACGCCACGGUUCGGAGAUCGAUGCAACAGGUCUACAUCGAUGUCGAGGCGAUGGCAGAUGAUAUAUCGAUCCUGGAGAAUUUCGAACAGGAGCACUCGAAGGAUGACUUCGCCAGACUGCAGCACCUCACAAAACUAUUGGUUGGCGCUCAGGUCAUGGCUCAGAAGAUCACCUCUGACUUUGAACGUUACGAGAAGGCAGUAGGAGAAGCCGGUGACAAGGUACCUACUUAUUUAUCGUCCGCCCCCAAAGGGAAGCGUCUGGAAGCUCUGAAGACCAUGAAAGACCGUGCUGAAUCCACACAGGCUCGUCUGGAUGAAUACGAGACUUGGCUGCGCGAAAAGGAGGAUGUGAUCCAACAGCGUCUGGACAACCGUAUCAGCGCGGAUUCCAAUCCGGACGAGUUCGACAACUGGUGUUCGCACGUUGCCGCCAUGGAUGAAUUAAUAGGCACGGUAAAACGUAUCCUGGCCAAGGGCGAGGCACCCAAUGGUAGCAGCGCCGUGGAGGAAAAGAGACCUGUGGGAAGUCUGGCGCAUCGAAUAAAAUGUCUGCAG